AUGACCAUCACCUCUCCUCCAAAUAAAUCUCCUGCCAGUACCCGCAGCAUUUACUUCGACGCCCCUCUCAUGCAUCUCUUUUCCAAAAGGAAGAGUUCUACCAUCGCGGCCCCCACAGACGGAGCCGACCCUUCAGAAAUGCCUCCCCCUUUCCAGGACCCAAAUCAGCCUUCAGACCUGCCAGAGGCUAACGUUGACCCUCAGCCAUUGACCACUUCAGCACCUGAGCACACCUUCACUGAAAAGCAACAUGGCACGAUGGGAGCUGAAAGGAACACAGGUGUCACUCCUAGUAUCAAUACAAAUGGUGACGCCUCAUAUCCGCCUCCCGAGUCUCAGCCUCCUAAAGAGCUUGCUAUGACGGCGAGCCCUCUAUCUGACUCGGGAUAUGGCUCACCCUCGACUGCCAACCACCCGCCCAAACGCUCGGCUUCCACAGACAUGAAGCCUAUCCCUAUUCUCUGGUCCAAACGGAAUGCUGGCCCUAAUGGUACAGCUCCGCCAAAUGAAGAGGAAGAGAAUCAAGACGCCACUGCCGCGACAGGAGAAUCGAAGAAAGAGAAGACGAAGGAGAGAGAGCACGAUGGUAUCCCGCAGCGUUCGACAUCCCUCCGCUCCACUCGCUCCGCGCGCGACCGCGAUAGUCUUAGGAGCACGCCUCUCUCGCGCACUUCAACACGUCGUCGGCGCGUUAGCCUCAGCAGCGGCACGUUCGCUGCUGGUGCGGGAACCGUUGGUCCCGCUGCAACAACUCACCCUGACGAUACGAGCGGGUUUAAUCAGCGCUCACGGACCGCGGAAGCAGACCUUACGGCCAAACAGCGGGCGCGUGUCGAGAAAGCAUCAGGCAUGGACGCGAAGCGCGUCGCAAAGGUUAUAAGAUCUGAGGGGCAGGCGGAGCUGCUUGCGCUCGAAGAAGCAAUCCGCGAGCUUGCCGAUAUCCAGAAGAUGCAGAAAGGUGCCAUCCGCGAAGAGAGUCGGGCCGUUUCUGCACAUGCCAAGGCAAUCCGAACCUUCCACAGGGAGGAACUAGAUUUUCUUGCCGCGCGUGCCAAGUUUGAUCGUGCCCAAACUGAGCUACAGGCAUUUGAGGACUCGAGAGAAGCGGCGAGGAACCAUGCGACUGAAAUCACUGACAUGCUGCAAGAAAAGAAUCAGGAAGUCGAGUGGCUACGCCAGCAGAAGGCCGCUGACGAUCGGGAGCGCGAGGCCAAGCUGAAGGAGCUAACGGGCAGUGUUUGA